UCGCCUUCAUUUCCGCAUGACUAAAUCAUUUGAUAUCCUUAUCCAAAUAUCCUUGUUACCAGCUACUGUACAGAGUCUUCGUAGAGCUAACGUCAAUUCCUACCAGCAGGGAGACGGACGCAAGUGGAGAAUCAGAUUCGCAGGCGGCGUGUCCCAGGGCGAGGAGCAGUGUGUCAGCUGUUUCCGUUUUAUUAGCUCUUUCCUUGAACCCUCGGCCACUCCGUUUCCUGUCGCCCCUCCGCCAUCUUUCCCUUCUGCAGCGCCUCCGCCAGCGUCGUCGGAGAUCUGUGUGUCGUCUUCGGUUCCAGUGACAGCAUAUUCUCUCGUUCCCGUGACACAACGAGAGGACAGUGCCGUGUUAUCGGGAGUAACAGUCGCCACUGCACCGGACGCAGAGCCAGGACCUUCCGCUUCUGCUGCGACCAAAGGCACGGCCCAACAAUACACGGGCGCCGUCCAGACGUCCGGUGGCGGUGGAGUGUCCUGGUCAUCUGCCACUCCCAUUCCUUCAGAUGGAGACUUGAACAAGUCACCGACUCGUUUAGCUGACGUUCCGGACCUGGAAGAAAUGGUGCGAAUGGUACUACAAGAUCCCAAACUACCUGACCUUGUAGAUGUUGUUCAUAAGGUCAUCGCUAAUAUGUGAAGCACGGACCGUGUCUCCUGGCUUCCUGCUUAUUACGUUCCAGUACUUCACAGCUCUGCACCUUUGGUUGUGCUCCAUGAUUUGGAAUAUUACUUGUUGUAUGGAAUUAGAUGUUGGAAAAUUAUAGUUUAUGAAAUGACUGUCAUUCAUAUUAAUAUUACCCCGUGCUAUAUUACUCAUAUUUGAAUGAAAUUCACAUCCGGUGAAGUUUCCUGAAGGACAACCUAAUAACAAAGAAUAUUUCUCUUGACGUUUUAAUAGCAUUAGUAAAAAACAU